GUCGGUUGUAAAAAUGGCAGAGCUAUUAGCCAUUUAUCAUUGCUAAUGAAUAUUAAUGACCAGACGAGCCCUAAGCUCCGCCCACGUCCACAUCGAAAGCUCGGAGCUGUCAGUCAUCCGAGGAGCUGAGGACUUCUGAACGCAUCCUUUAGCAGCCAAUUAAAAAUUUGGACAUCUAAGAAUCACACAUCAUCUCAGUCUAAAUAAAACUGGCGAUGACAGCAAAAGUGGGUGAAAACUGAUGGCCAAAAAUGCAAACUCGAAUUAGUUCUUUAAAGAUGGGAUUUUACAGAACAUUGAGCAGGAUCACUAACUGCUUCAACCAAAGAGCAACUUGAACAGGAAUUCUCUCUGAAUCUGGUGCCCUAAAUCUGUUGGACUACUAAAUAUUGUUGCUUCGCAGUGCUGGAUGCCUAGAAUAGCUGAAGAGAAGAAAGAGAAUGGCGAAGAUUUGUACAAAGCAAUCCUACCCAUCCAGACACGUGCUUUCAGUCCGAGCCCCUGAAGAGGAACUGGACCAGACUGAAAAUUGUGCAAGCAGGGCACAUUCUCUAAGUGAGAACAACUCCUCUGACAUGCAGGGGAUCAUUUCUUCUGCAACCAGCCAGUUUCAGGAAUCCAGGAGAAGCUCUUUCACAGGUGCUGGGGCUAUGGCAAGGCUCACUCGGUUUCUGGUAAUGCUGAGGAACUGGGCAUCACACAGGCUUCGCAGAGAGGUUGAGCGUCCCGACUCCUUUUUAGAGCGAUUCCGUGGACCUGACCUCAAAGACUUAUCUAGCCGAGGAAGUAAUGCCCGAUCCUCUAUAGGUCUUCCUGACAGGCCUCAUAAGAGGAAAAAAGCCAAUCACUGGCCUCUGGCAGCUUACAAUAUGAACAACUGCAACAACACAGAUGACAAAAAGGAAGACAAAAAGGAAGAAAUAAAAAAAGAUGAGAAAAAAGAUGAAGACAAGAAGGAAGAGAAAAAAGAUGAGAAAAAGGAUGAGAAAAAAGAUGAGAAAAAGGACGAAAAGAAGGAUGAUAAGAAAGAUGAUAAAAAGAAAGAUGCUCCUCCUCCACCGAAAGAAGUGUGGAUCAUGGACCCAGCCUCAGACAAGUAUUACAGAUGGCUUUCAGUCAUAGCAGCCCCAGUGUUUUACAACCUGAUGAUGCUGGUGACAAGGGCCUGUUUCAAUGAGCUUCAGAACUCUUACACAAUGCUUUGGAUCAUCAUGGACUAUACCUCAGAUGUAAUCUAUUUUGUAGACACGUUUGUCAGAUCAAGAACAGGCUUCUUGGAGCAGGGUCUCCUUGUCAAAGACUCAAAGAAGCUGAUGGAUCAUUACAGGAAAAUCCCACAGUUUAAAUAUGACAUGAUUUCAAUGAUCCCGACGGAUUUAAUAAUGCUCCAAGUGGGCUUCAACAACCCUGAACUUCGCUUCAACCGCCUUUUCAAAAUGGCACGUCUCUUCGAGUUCUUCGACCGCACAGAAACCCGAACAAACUACCCCAACAUUUUUCGCAUCAGCAACCUCGUACUUUACAUCCUGAUUAUUAUUCACUGGAACGCUUGCAUUUUCUUCGCUAUUUCCAAAACGAUUGGUUUUGGGACUGACACAUGGGUAUAUCCAAACAUCAGCCAUCCAGAAUACGGCCGCUUGGCCAGAAAGUACAUCUACUGUCUGUACUGGUCCACUCUGACUCUCACCACAAUCGGAGAAACGCCACCUCCUGUUAGAGACAUUGAAUACUUGUUUGUCGUUAUGGACUUCCUCAUCGGAGUGUUGAUUUUCGCUACCAUCGUCGGUAACGUCGGUGCCAUGAUCUCCAACAUGAAUGCUUCUCGUGCUGAAUUUCAGGCCAAGAUCGACUCCAUCAAGCAGUACAUGCAGUUCCGUAAGGUCAGCAAAGACCUGGAGGCCAGGGUCAUCAAAUGGUUUGACUACCUUUGGACGGAGAAGAAAACUUGCGAUGAGAAGGAGGUCCUGAAGAACCUUCCAGACAAGCUCAAAGCUGAAAUAGCCAUCAAUGUCCAUUUAGAUACACUGAAGAAGGUGCGAAUCUUCCAGGAUUGUGAAGCUGGACUUCUCAUCGAGUUGGUGUUGAAGCUGCAGCCUCAGGUGUUCAGUCCUGGAGAUUAUAUAUGUAAAAAGGGUGACAUUGGUCGAGAAAUGUACAUCAUCAAAGAAGGAAAGCUUGCCGUAGUGGCCGAUGAUGGCAUCACGCAGUUUGUGGUGCUCAGUGAUGGCGCUUACUUCGGAGAGAUCAGUAUUCUUGGAAUCAAAGGCAGUAAAGCCGGAAACAGAAGAACGGCGAACAUUCGUAGCGUCGGCUAUUCGGACCUCUUCGCACUGUCUAAAGAUGACCUUGUGGAAGCGCUUACUGAAUACCCAGAUGCCAAAAAAGCCCUGGAGGAGAAAGGGAAGGCCAUCUUAAGGAAGGACAACCUUCUUGAUGAGGUGGCUGCAAGCGCCGGUGCUGAUCCCAAAGAUCUGGAAGAGAAGAUUCACCGCCUAGAGAGCAACCUUGAAGUCAUGACUGGCAAGUUUGCCAAGCUUAUGGGAGAAUACACAUCCUACCAGAGCAAGAUAAAACAGAGGAUCACCAACAUGGAGAACAAAGUGAAAACACUACGGGUAGAAGAUCUGUCUGAGGUUGUUGAGGACAAAAAAGAAGAAGAGAAGAAGACCAAAUAGUUAACAGAAUAGACAUUGGAGUUAAUGGGGUUUCCUAUCCAUGGACACAUUUCUUAACAUAGUACAUUACUUUUAAACUGUUUAUACUUGUUUAUAAGUUUUACAUGACAAUGUUGUACUAAUUGCCAUAUAUGUGUGUUGAAAUGUAAAGCUGAUGUUGUAUUUAUUCAAUAUGUGCAGUAAGAACAGCUCAGACGACAGAAUUGAGGAGAGAGAUACACUACCAUUCAAAGGUUUGGGGUUUUAAAAUGAUUUAGUAUUUUAAAAAAAAGUUUCUUAUGCUUACCCAGGCUGUAUUUAUAGUUACAGUAAAAAUAGUAA